GACAAAUGCCAUGCCAUUGAAGGAUCGAUGGAUCGACCUCCAGUAAACAAUCACAAACAUUAGCGACAAUGAUUUAGCAAUAAAAUUCUGCAAUUCCUGAGUUAAUGUUCUGAUAAAUUUUUUAUUCUAAAUCGGCUGACUCUGAUUUUUCCUUAAGAUCUCAUCCAUGAUAUUAUACAACACUAGUAUAUCUGAUUGAUCUGUAGGAACCUAUAAAAACGUACAUGGCAGGUGCAGUCUCGGCACUGUUUCUUCUAGACAUCAAGGGACGGGUUCUCGUGUGGCGCGACUACCGUGGAGAUGUCUCCGCUAUUCAAGCCGAGCGCUUCUUCACCAAGCUCAUCGAGAAAGAGGGAGAUGCGCAAUCACAAGAUCCGGUUGUGUAUGAUAAUGGAGUCUCGUACUUGUUUAUACAGCAUUCCAAUGUUUAUCUUAUGACUGCGUCGAGGCAGAACUGCAAUGCUGCCAGCCUUCUUUUCUUUCUACACCGUGUAGUCGAUGUUUUUAAGCAUUAUUUUGAAGAGUUAGAAGAGGAAUCACUUAGAGAUAACUUUGUGGUGGUGUAUGAGUUGCUUGAUGAAAUGAUGGACUUUGGCUAUCCUCAAUAUACUGAAGCAACCAUCUUAAGUGAAUUUAUCAAGACUGACGCAUAUAGAAUGGAAGUUACACAGAGGCCUCCUAUGGCUGUCACAAAUGCAGUAUCUUGGCGGAGUGAGGGGAUACUAUACAAGAAGAAUGAAGUUUUCUUGGAUGUCGUGGAGAGUGUUAAUAUACUUGUCAACAGCAAUGGACAAAUAAUUAGAUCUGAUGUUGUUGGGGCGCUGAAGAUGAGAACUUAUCUGAGUGGUAUGCCUGAGUGUAAGCUUGGCCUAAAUGACAGAAUAUUGUUGGAGGCACAAGGUCGAACAACAAAGGGGAAGGCUAUUGAUUUAGAUGACAUUAAAUUUCAUCAGUGCGUGCGCUUGGCUCGAUUUGAAAAUGAUAGGACCAUCUCCUUCAUACCACCUGAUGGAUCUUUUGAUCUCAUGACAUAUCGACUCAAUACUCAGGUGAAGCCUCUGAUUUGGGUGGAAGCUCAAGUUGAGAAGCAUUCUAGAAGUCGUGUUGAGAUCCUGGUAAAAGCUAGAAGUCAGUUCAAGGAGCGGAGUACUGCAACAAAUGUUGAGAUUGAGUUGCCUGUGUCAGCUGAUGCUUCCAAUCCAAUUAUUCGGACUUCAAUGGGAUCUGCAUCAUAUGCACCUGAAACUGAUGCAUUUGUCUGGAAAAUAAAAUCUUUCCCUGGUGGCAAGGAAUACAUGUUGAGGGCUGAGUUCACUCUUCCCAGCAUAACUGAUGAAGAAGCAACUCCCGAAAGAAAAGCUCCUAUACGUGUGAAAUUUGAAAUACCAUAUUUUACUGUUUCAGGAAUUCAGGUUCGAUACCUGAAGAUUAUUGAGAAAAGUGGUUACCAGGCUCUCCCUUGGGUAAGAUACAUAACAAUGGCUGGUGAGUAUGAACUGAGGCUUAUCUGAAGGGCGCAAAUAUAUGUUGAGACUUUCCCUUCACCCAAGUUGGUUUGAUUCAUUGAUUACACGAAGAAAACUGAUGAAUGCAUGAGGAGCAACAUAAGAACUCUUAUGCCCAGGAAAUCUAUUAAAUAUUCUUUCAUUAAAUGGGUUCUGUAAGAAUUGGUUUGUACAUCAAUAUUUUUCUUUUAAUUUUCAAAUUAUUAAUUAAUAACUGCAA